CAUCGGUUGAAUAAUAAUUAUAAAACCUUGAUAAAUCCCCAAGAUUACUGUCAUGAGCUAGAAGUUUGUUGUUAAACAAUUUUGAACGAUAAUUACAAUAUCAUAGUACGGUAUUUGUAAGAUAUGUAUGCAUCGGCUUGGUUUGCUACUUUGUGGUGUGUUCAUAAGCACGGCCGUCUCACGAGACAGUUUAAACCACUGAAAUAGAAGGUUUAAUAGUUUAAGUGAACAUAACCGCCGUAUAAGUAACUGCCCGCGUAGAUGCCGGCGCGUGCUUUUUUGAAUCCGCGCCGUCUCAAAAAGUUUUAAUGGUUCUGCGACAUUAGUUGCACGAAAAACUUGAAACUGACUAUCGUAACAUCAUACCAACGUGUAAUCAUUCGACAUGGAAGACUUCAAUGACGGGGUCGAUGGAAAGUUGGCGUAUAGAAUGCGAAAGGUCAAUUCUGAACAGUUUCUCACACUCGUGAGGAUGCACCUGUCCUUUGAAUUGGACCUUAACACAGAAGAUGACUGCGUUGUGGAAAAAGCCAAACUGAAGAAAUGGGGACUCAUAAGCUUUUCAAAAAAACCAAAGUCCAUUAUUAAUCUGCAGAAAGGAGUAAGCGAAGGUGCUCCUCUGACACAUGAGGGAAUUGUUCAAGUUAAACAGCUGAUCGAAUAUCUGUCAAUUGAAUCAAGUAUUGUACAAGAAGGCAUCUUUCGUCGCACGGGCAAACUUACUAGACAGCAAGAUCUCAAGACUGCGUUGUAUCAAGGAAUUCCUUUAGAGCUUCAAGAUGGGCGUUACAGUGUACAUGAUUGUGCAUCGGUCUUGAAGAGCUUCCUAGCUGAAUUACCAGAGCCGCUAUUAACGGAGUUGCAUUAUCCUGCACAUUGCCAAAUUGCUGAACUAUGGUGCGGAGAUGUAAAGGCAAACGAAUGUAGACUUCUGAGGUCAUUGCAGCUACUUCUACUGUUACUACCAUCUGAGAAUCGGAUCUUACUCAGGAAUGUUUUAAAACUAUUGAACAAGACUGCAAGUUUCGAGCACAGCAAUAAAAUGAACUGCGCUAGUCUUGCCACGUUAUUUACACCACACUUGUUAUGCCCAAGGAAAUUGUCACCCGAAGCCCUGCACAUUAAUUCACAAACUUUAUCAGGAUUGGUAGCUUUUAUGAUUAAAAAAGGAACGGAAAUAUUCGAUAUCCCUCCAAAACUAGCCACGGAUAUAAGAGCGUACUGGGUUGAACAAGAAAGAAAGCUGUUGAGUCCAACAAAGACAGAUCUCAAUGAUUCAACAUCAGAUACAACCGGCACAGCUCAUACUGUAUUCAGUUUUGUUGACCAUAAACUCACUGCUAAGGCUAAUUCGACGCAAGACACACAGGCAGCAUUGGCUCAAUUAUAUGCACAUAUACAAACCAUGCCAGAGUCAGCAAAGAAACGUAGGCUGGUUAAGCAGUUUAAUAAAGAAAAUGGACAGGGUACUCCGAGACAAGUAAAGAAUUUGCGGACCAAAAGUCUUGGGGAUUCUAUAAAGAAACAUAUCUUUCAAAAAAAAUUGAUCGGCCAUAAAAAGAUUGUUGAUAUCGACCUUGGAAAUAACAUCAACAGAUCUAGUAGUGAAGAAAACAUCUUGUCGGCGAGUAUGGAGAAGUCUUUGCUACCGACAAAGACUUUGUUCAGCAAGUCGGACGAUGAGCUAAGCAUGGACAGCUAUGAACGCUUGGAAACCAAUAAUCUUGACCACAUCAAAGUCAUAAGUAGUAGCACAGGCAGUUUGAACACAUCUAACACAGGGCAUCACCAGACCAAGAAGAAGGUUGCAAUGGUGAAUUUUGUAAAUAUUAGCGAGAAAAAAAUCAAUCUUGAAGCGGGGCAUGUGGAAUGGAAGAACACAAAAGUGAGUGAACAUAUGGUUGAACAAAAUUUGAAAUCUUUGAACACAGCUGAAAUGCUGAAAGAACAGAAAUCCCAUGUCAGGGCAAGUAGCUUGCAAGAUAUUAAUACAACGAAAAAACUGAGAUUUGUGAGACAACUUAGUGAGCCUGGCGUCUACUCGAAUCGAAAUAUCUCUGACUCGAGUGAAAGCGAUUUGACGAAGCAGAAAUCGGACCCUGUCUCCCCUAUCGCGAGACAUUCUAACGCGGAGGUAGUAUUUUCUCCUAGAAAGACCACGUCCGACAUAAAAUCAACAAUUACAUCUGAAAAACCAGAAGACUCAAUCCCUAAAACGUCAAGCUACUCUCCACCAAUGGUUAUGAGUAAAUUUUGGAAUACGUAUACCGCUCAUACCUCAACUCCGGCCAAGAAUUUAUUUCGCCGUAGUCUUGCUGCAGCUGCUGUGGCUAGUGACAGCAUAUUGACACCCAUCGCUAACAAUGACAAAAGCAUGAGUCCCAUUACUCAGAGCACAACUAAGAUGAGCAAAGCAAUGCAGGAAACCAUGAUGACUCCACGGUCAAGGAAACCCGUGAUGAUGGUUUCUGGGUCAAAUUUGUGCAAUCUGGCAUCGUUAAAUAGUGGCUUGACACAGAGAGGAUCUGGUCCUACCGUUAGAAAACCAAACCUCGAUCUGACACGGAGAAAAAGUUGCACCUUCAUACUCGAAGAGAGCCAAAAGUUACACAGCAUCACCGGAGAGUCGAUACCAUUUGAGGGUCAAGAGAAUAAGAAUACCGAAAAUGUCGAAUAUUCAAAUAAUGAACAAAAUUUCGUCACUUCUGUGGAAGACGAAUAUUCCAACAAUAUCAAAGGAAGCAGCGCUUCUAUAACGAGUACUUUUAGAGAGUAUUUGUUAUCCAGGAGCGUGUUGACAGCGAGUCCUGUAGAUCUCAGUUUUACGUCACGAACCGGUGAUUUUGAGCAAUCUGAGUCAGAUAUAAACAUUUUCAAUGAUGACAGUCUCUCUGAUAGUCUGUUACGCUGUUUAGAUGGGAAUCAUCCAAGUUCAGAUACUUCGGGUAUAGCCUCAGGAAGUACGAAUAGUGGAAAUAAUUCAGUUGAAAAAAUUGACGACCUUCACCAGUCCCCAAGAAAAAGGGGAACAGAUUUGGAGCGUAAUGAUUCUAAAAGAUCUGUUACAGAUGAAUCUGUUAUGAACAAACUCAAGUUCCAGACCUUAAAGAACAAACAGUUGAGCGAAUCUACGUUGAAUCCAGUAAAAUCGAAGGAAAUACUACAGGAAACUUCGUUUUAGUGUCAAACGUGGAUUUCAUUUUCUGGAAAUUUUGAUUAGGUAUUACAAAAUAACGCCGCGAAACGAGCUAUUCUUAUUGAACUGUUAUCUCUUUCACCAUUGUAUAUUGUAUUAAUUUAUGUCAUUAAGCAGUUUUUAACAUUUUUACGUAACUCUUGAAUAUUUGGUAGAGAAACGUCGUUGAACACACGUUAUUUGGUGUUUUAUUGUGUGAUUAGCAAAUUUGUUGCUACGUGAUAUGCAUACAACACAGGGCUUUGCUUGCGUUAUAUAAUAAAAUUUAUGUGACAGAGUU